CAGCGCGCUGACGGGGAGCGAGCCUCGGGUCCGCGAGCGCGUUCGGGAUUGGCGCUGAGGUGGGCGCCGGCAGGCAGAUGUUUCUGGAGCCCAUGAAGCCUGAGGAGCCUUUCAUCUCUAAGAGAUCAGGAUAGUAAACGCCUGGAUCCUCAGAAGACCUGCCAGCUCAGCACAAUGUCAGGAAGCCACAUACCUUCUGCUAGUGGCCCUUUCUCAGCCUUGACUCCAAGCAUAUGGCCCCAGGAGAUCCUGGCCAAGUAUACUCAGAAGGAAGAGUCAGCAGAGCAGCCAGAGUUCUGCUACGAUGAGUUUGGUUUUCGGGUGGACAAAGAAGGUGCUGAACCUGGAUCCAGCUCCCUGAUUGGGGCUUCUCUGGUGGAAGAUGCCCCGCAGAGGCUGCGGUGGCAGGCCCACCUGGAGUUCACCCACAAUCAUGACGUGGGGGACCUCACCUGGGACAAGAUUGCAGUCUCCUUGCCCCGCUCUGAGAAGCUCCGCUCCCUGGUGCUGGCUGGCAUUCCACAUGGCAUGAGACCCCAGCUGUGGAUGCGGCUCUCUGGGGCCUUGCAGAAGAAGAGUAACUCCGAGCUGUCCUACCGUGAGAUUGUGAAGAACAGCUCUAAUGAUGAGACUGUUGCUGCCAAACAGAUCGAGAAAGAUUUGUUGCGCACCAUGCCCAGCAAUGCCUGCUUUGCCAACGUGAACAGCAUCGGGGUGCCCCGUCUGCGCAGAGUCCUGCGAGCACUGGCCUGGCUCUACCCAGAGAUUGGCUACUGCCAGGGCACGGGCAUGGUGGCUGCCUGCCUCCUGCUGUUCCUGGAGGAGGAGGAUGCGUUCUGGAUGAUGUGUGCCAUCAUUGAGGACCUGCUCCCUGCCUCCUACUUCAGCACCACCUUGUUGGGCGUUCAGACUGACCAGCGAGUCCUGCGCCAUCUCAUCGUCCAGUACCUGCCUCGUUUGGACAAGCUGCUCCAGGAACACGACAUUGAGCUGUCCCUGAUCACGCUGCAUUGGUUCCUCACGGCCUUUGCCAGCGUGGUGCACAUCAAGCUGCUGCUGCGCAUCUGGGACCUGUUUUUCUACGAGGGUUCCCUGGUGCUGUUCCAGACCACGCUGGGCAUGCUGCGCCUCAAGGAGGAAGAACUGAUCCAGUCUGAGAACUCUGCCUCCAUCUUCAACACACUGUCAGACAUUCCAUCACAGAUUGGAGAUGCAGAGCUGCUCCUGGGGGAGGCCAUGCGACUGGCCGGCUCCCUCACUGAUGUGGCUGUGGAGACCCAACGCCGCAAGCAUUUGGCCUACCUCAUUGCAGACCAGGGCCAGCUCCUGGGAACUGGCACUGCUGCCAACCUCUCUCAGGUUGUUCGGCGUAGGACCCAGCGGAGGAAGUCGGCCAUCACCUCCCUGCUCUUUGGGGAGGAUGACCUGGAGGCCCUCAAGGCCAAGAACAUCAAGCAGACAGAACUGGUGGCUGACCUCCGAGAGGCCAUCCUGCGCGUGGCACAACAUUUCCAGUGCAUAGACCCCAAAAACUGCAGUGUGGAGCUGACCCCAGACUACAGCAUGGAGAGCCACCAGCGGGACCAUGAGAACUAUGUGGCAUGUUCACGCAGUCACCGGCGUCGAGCAAAGGCCCUGCUAGACUUUGAACGACACGAUGAUGAUGAGCUGGGCUUCCGCAGGAAUGACAUCAUCACGAUCGUGUCUCAGAAGGACGAGCACUGCUGGGUGGGAGAGCUCAACGGCCUGAGAGGCUGGUUCCCAGCCAAGUUUGUGGAAGUCCUAGACGAACGGAGCAAAGAGUACUCCAUUGCGGGGGAUGAUUCAGUGACGGAGGGAGUCACAGACCUUGUGCGAGGGACCCUCUGCCCAGCCCUCAAGGCCUUGUUUGAACAUGGACUGAAGAGGCCAUCCUUGCUCGGGGGUGCUUGCCAUCCCUGGCUGUUCAUUGAGGAGGCAGCAGGCCGGGAGGUGGAGAGAGACUUUGACUCGGUGUAUUCCCGCCUGGUACUCUGUAAGACCUACAGGUUGGACGAGGAUGGCAAAGUCCUGACCCCAGAGGAGCUGCUCUACCGGGCUGUGCAGUCUGUGAAUGUGACCCAUGAUGCGGCACACGCACAAAUGGAUGUCAAGCUCCGCUCACUGAUCUGCGUGGGGCUCAAUGAGCAGGUGCUGCACCUGUGGCUGGAGGUACUCUGCUCCAGCCUACCCACUGUGGAGAAGUGGUAUCAGCCCUGGUCCUUCCUGCGCAGCCCUGGCUGGGUCCAGAUCAAGUGCGAGCUCCGGGUCCUCUGCUGUUUUGCCUUCAGCCUGUCCCAGGACUGGGAGCUCCCUGCAAAGAGAGAGGAAGAGAGGCAGCCACUCAAGGAGGGUGUUCAGGACAUGCUGGUGAAGCACCACCUUUUCAGCUGGGACAUAGAUGGGUGAUGCUUCUGCAACCGCCCUCUCAGGCCCAGGCCUCCCCCAGCCACCCAGGCAGGCCCCUCCUUCAAACAGGAAGAGAGUGGUACCCACCUGCUAAGCUGUGGGGUCCAGGGAAGGAGAAAACUCCAGAGCCAUGUCUGGGCCCAUGACCAGGGUUCAGGAUUUCUUACUACAGGUUCCCACUGUUGGCAGGAGGAGGGUGCCCAGCUCAGCCUUUCCCUCCCAGGGUCCUAAGGAAGCCCUGGCCAGCUGCACAGUUCAUAUUAACCAAAAACCUUAUGAGGUGGUGGUGAGCUGCAUCUGUUGUCUUUGCUCAGGAAGCGGGGGUAUUUAAUGGCAGAUAAAGACCCCUUGACCUCUGGUUUUGUUUGUAAAUAAACAACUCUUUAAGAAAAGUGCCUCCCCUCUUCCACUCAGCCAGGCUGCAGAGCUGUAGUCCCCCCCCCCCCAAUCAGCCUGACAAGGAGCUGAGAUGGGGGUCACUGUAUGGCCUCCAGAUACAGGUUCCUUUAUCACAACCACUUACCUUCUGUAGAUGAAACAAGACACACAAGUCGGUGUUUUUGUUUUAUUUUAAAAAAAUUCACACAGCUUCCCCACCUUUGUCCCAGCAUUGGUUUUGGAGACGCCAUCCCUAUUCCCCUUAUGAAUCAGGCCAAAAGUGAGUGAGGCCAGUGGCCCCAGGACAGGAGGCAGCCAGUGAGUGGCCCCCUGUCAGCCCAACAGCAAGGUGGAGCUGGGUCCCCUGUCCCAGGGCCCUCUUGGCUGCAGUGAGGCAAUGGGAUGGAAUGUGGGUGGGUAGAGAGCUCCUGACAGGACCAGGAAGCACCUCUGCCCUCUUGGCACUGAGGAAGCAGGACAGGUGGGGUGCACGCUGUGGCAGGAUAUCUACAUGUCAAACACGUGAGGGGUGGGUGGGCCCAGGCAGCUCUGCACACCAGGCUGGGUACUGGGCACUGUAUAUAUCACACAGCUCAAUAUGACCCUGUAUCCAGCCCCCAGCAACCCUCCUGGCCCAUGUAUAUGUGAAAGCAGGAAGGGAGGGAGCCACACCCAUCUCCCACCUCCCCCCCCCCA